GGACGUGCACUGAUGGCGAGGUGCACAUAAGCAAGUGGGUUUGUAGGAAUACCACGAGUAGGCUACUCUGGACCAGCCGUGACCAUGGCAGACCGACGAGUUUUUAUGGAAGUUAUCAAGGUUGAGGAUUUUCUUAGGAAUCCUCCAAAGGGAUUCGUGGUGAACCGUCACUUUGGGCACACGCUCGUGAAGUUUGACCCAAAUAGCUGUUGCGCAUUUAUCGACGAAUUCUAUACGGAGAAAGGAAAAAUUAUCUUCCAGUUUUCGCCAGGACGGAAGUGUGUGGUCAACAAUCUGGGUGACUACACCAAGAUGAGGAAGAAAAUAACUUCUCAGCGCAUUUACCUGCUGGCCUCUGCAAGUGACAUGCCUGCAUCUCGGGAUGGAAAAUUAAACCAAACAUCAGAAGAGAGCGAAUACUUCAUCGUGGUCUUGAAUGGGAGUCACCCUGCAGUCAGAUGGCAAAUGGAACAAGGACUGGAUCGAACCAUCUCUUCAGUCGCAGGAGAGAGCUACAGCGUAGAGAUUGAUCUGAGUCAGGCGCUGCACAGUUGGGUGGAGAGGAGGAAGAAUGUGUUGCCCAGUGUCCUAAAGGGCAAGUCAUGGGGAAUCUGUUCCUUCACCCUCAAGUACCAUUCGGAUGCCCUGUUUGACUUUUCCUUCUGGUUCGGACGGAGCAAGCGUCAUUUUAAGAUUAACUACAAAUAUUGAAGCCAGAAGUCUAUGCCAUCCCUGGAGGGAGGCUAUCUAAUGUUGACCUACGCCCUAGCAGGACUGAUGCAAGGAAAUUUGAAAUGUAGUGAUGUGAAAGUGAAGUGAAAAGCACUACUGGGAAACCCCAAAUCCCAUUGUCAUUGUGUCACAGCACUCCACAGCACACAAGUGAACACUGCAUACUGCACACAAGGAAAUUGCAUUUAUGCCUCACCCGUGCAAUGGGGCAGCCCCCAAUGGCGCCCCAAGGGAGCAGUGCGGCAGGACAGUACCAUGCUCAGGGUACCUCAGUCAUGGAGGAGGAUGGGGAAGGGCACUGGUUUAUUACUCCCCCCACCAACCUGGCGGGUCAGGAGUCGAACCGGCAACCUUAAGGAUACAGUUCUGACGCCUUAACCACUUACCCAUGACUGCCCGUUAUGAAAUGUACCUCUAGAUUUACCUCUAAAUGUCUGUUUGCUGCAUAACAAGCGGAGGACUUCAAACGUGUAUAUUUUGUAUGUGUAAAUACUUUAAUUCUUUGUAUGUAGCAUGAAUUACCUAUACCUUUGUGUUAAUAGGUGUGUACUAUAUAAAAAUAAACAGAGCUUUGACAAAAAGAAA